UCACACGACGCGGAAUCAUGACGCAGAUGACUGGAGGAGAGAAGCAAUAUCAACGUCUAUUUUCAGAUACGAAAUGUGAACAACUUUUAAGCGUUUAAAACUAUAACCCGUUCGUUGACUAGAAUACGUUACAUUUGAUGAACCCUGUCUUCUCUUCGAGAGAUCCAGACAAAAGCGAUGGAGGGAGGAGUGAUGGAGAGAGAAGUGAUGUCUGAGAAGCCAGUCAUGCAGACACAGCCAUCCACACUGCCCUUCUUUGACACGGCCCACGCCUUUAACCUGCUCCGGGGGAUCCACGAACUCCGCGCAGAGCGCAAGUUCUUUGACGUCACGCUCUGCGCCGAGGGCCGCGAGUUCCAUUGCCACCGGACUGUGUUGGCCGCAGCCAGCACCUACUUCAGGGCCAUGUUCGCCGGGACGCUGAGAGAGAGCGCCAUGGACCGUGUGGUCCUUCACGAGGUGUCUGCUGAACUACUGGGCCUGCUGGUGGACUUCUGUUAUACAGGCCGAGUCACAGUCACCCAGGAUAAUGUAGACCUCCUGCUGAAGACGGCCGACCUGUUCCAGUUCCCCUCCGUUAAAGAGGCCUGCUGUGCCUUCUUGGAGCAGAGAUUAGACGUCUCCAACUGCCUGGAGAUCCAGGACUUUGCAGAGGCCUACGCCUGCCAUGACUUGGCCGUCAGCGCGCGCCGCUUCGUCCUCAAGAACAUUGUGGACCUCGCCAAAGGCAAGGACUUUAAGCGGUUGCCCUGGAAACGGCUGCUGGAGUUCGUGUCGGACGAUGCGCUGUGUGUGGACAAGGAGGAGACGGUCUAUCAGAUCGCGGUGCGCUGGGUCAAAGCAGACUUACAGAGGCGGCUCCACUACUGGCCCACGCUGCUGGAGCAGGUCAGACUACCCUUUGUACGUCGGUUCUAUCUACUCGCCCACGUGGAAAGCGACCCCCUGGUUUACCUCUCCCCCUCCUGCCUGAGGAUGGUGAGCGAGGCCCGGAGCUUCCAGUCGUGUGAGUAUGACCGGCAUGACAGACCCUGCCAACGCAUGCGGCCGCGGCCCUCCACCGGCCUGGCUGAGAUCCUGGUGGUGGUGGGCGGCUGUGACCAGGACUGUGACGAGCUGGUCACUGUGGACUGUUAUAACCCUCAGACUGGACAGUGGCGCUACCUGGCCGAGUUCCCCGAUCACCUGGGAGGGGGCUACAGUAUGGCCGCCCUGGGCAAUGAUAUGUAUGUCACAGGAGGAUCUGACGGUUCGCGUCUCUAUGAUGGCGUGUGGCGCUACAACUCCAGCGUUAACGAGUGGACCGAGGUGUCGCCAAUGCUCAAAGCCCGGGAGUACCACAGUUCCUGUGUCCUCAGAGGUCAGCUGUAUGUGGUGGCGCCAGACAGCACGGAGCGCUACGACCACGCGCUGGACUGCUGGGAGGCCCUGCCCGCCAUGCUGCACUCUAUGGACAACUGCUCCACCACCACCUGUAAGGGGCGUCUCUACGCCAUCGGCUCCAUGACCACAACAGGGGAGGACAACAUGGCCAUACAGUGUUACGAUGUGGACACCAACCGCUGGACCCUGGUCAACUGUGGCGAGCUGCCACCGUGGUCUUUCGCUCCCAAGACGGUCACCCUCAAUGGGCUCAUCUACUUUGUCAGGGAUGACUCGGCAGAGGUCGACAUCUACAACCCUCAGAAGAAUGAAUGGGACAAGAUCAGCCCGAUGACACAGGUCCAUGUAGGAGGCAGUGUGGCAGUCCUGGGUGGUCGUCUCUUCGUGUCUGGUGGCUAUGACAACACAUUUGAGCUGUCUGACAUGGUGGAGGCCUACGACCCCUCCACCCAUACCUGGACACCCGCAGGCCGCCUUCCCCAGCCCACCUUCUGGCAUGGCAGUGUCAGCAUCUUCCGCCAGCUCAUGCCCGCCGUAUCCAACGCUUUCGAACCCAUUGACCUACCCGAGGCUAACUCCAUCCACCUGCACCGACACCACCGCAACCAGGCCAUGCACAACCACAACCUCAACCAGAACCACGACGUCAACCCAGUGUAACACACUCCAAAAACUAAUGGGUCAGGGAAUAUCAUACUGACCACUGUUUCAGCCAUUUUAGGUUUACUGUGAAAACAUACACCUCUUUAUGAUGCUACAGAAAAGGUGGAAAGACAGAGUGAUCAAAUGAUCCUGCAUGGAUGUGAUCACUAUAGGACUGUAAUUACAUUACAUUGUGCUUAUGUGACUGAACAUGUGUGCAAUUUUGUGAUCCCCAUGUAAUUCACUUGCCUACCACACUGUCAUUGAUCAUGAUCAAUGGGCAUAUUAUUGACUGGACUAAUAGACUGGCUGGGUAUGAAGGUCUCAUGUUGGGGAAAGAAAAAUCUAUACAUA